AUGCCGUCCUUAAAGCGCGUACAGGUGCCCUCGGACUCAGACGACGGGAGUGACGGGGGUUCUGAGAGCGCCGCAUCGAACUCCACGCCUUAUUCGAGGAAACGAGCUCGACUGUCCGAUUCUUCCGACGCUUCUGAUGGGUCAGAAGCGAACGAGCGACAUACCGAUUCCCCCUCCCCCUCCCCCUCCGCCUCCGCCGAUGAUGGGUUCCUCGACGAAGAUGCAGAUGAGGAAGAGCUCGAGCUCCGCCAGACACAGCUGAUUCAGGACAAGUACGCCCAUCUGAUCGAUGAAGCUAAUGUGCCUGCCGAACAUGGGGUCCUCGAACGUGUCGAAUGCUACAACUUUAUGUGCCACACUCAAUUCUCCGUCGAGCUCGGGCCGUUGAUCAAUUUUAUCAUUGGAAAGAACGGCAGUGGGAAAAGUGCGGUCCUAACCGCAAUCACGCUUUGUCUGGGAGGCAAAGCAUCCGCCACCAACCGCGGUCAAAGCCUCAAGAGCUUCAUUAAGGAAGGGAAGGAGAACGCUUCCAUCAUCGUUCGGAUAAAAAAUCAGGGCGAAGGCGCCUACCUCCCUGAUGAUUAUGGCAAAUCCAUCAUUGUCGAACGGCACUUCACGAAGAGCGGCUCAAGUGGUUUCAAAAUUAAGAAUGCGCAGGGGCGCAUUGUCUCGACAAAGAAGGCCGAGCUAGACGCCAUUACCGACUACUUCUCCCUUCAAAUCGACAACCCCAUGAACGUUCUCUCCCAGGAUAUGGCUCGCCAAUUUCUAAGCACCUCCAGUCCGGCGGAGAAAUACAAGUUCUUCAUCAAGGGAGUUCAGUUGGAGCAACUCGACCAGGACUAUCGUCUGAUUGAGGAAUCGGUGGAUCAGAUUGAGGAGAAGCUCAGAAUCCAGGAGCCAAAUCUUCGCUUUUUGGAGAACCAGAGGAAUGUGGCGAAGAGGAAAUUGGAACUUUCUGACAAACAAGAUUUUGUGAGGGAACGUAUCAGGAACCUGCGAAAACAACUGGCUUGGUCUCAUGUGGAGGAUUUAGAACGAGAAAGAGAUUUAAUCUCCGAUGAGUUAGCCAAGGCGGAUGAGGGCAUUGCGAAUGCUGAGGCCCAACUGGGCGAAUUCGACGAUAGGCUCCAGGGUGCCGACGUCGAGAUGGAAACAGCAAUAGAGCAUUGCAAUAGAGCAGACGGUGCGCUUGAAGAGUGUCAAAAAGAGAAAGAGCAAUCGGCCGAGAAGGUGACCAAGGUGUCAACCAAUAUACAUGAGUCCCAGGCCGAUCAACGCAAUAUCAAGGGCCACCUCGACGGCGCAAGGAGCAGACUUGAAGUUGCACAGGAAAAGGUCAAGGAGGAAGAGCUUCGUCUCAUCGAAGUAAGCAAUGGGAGCUACGCUCGAAAGCAGGAGGAAGCCGAUAAUGCCCAAAAUCGCGCUGCUACCGCGCGGACCAACUAUGAGUCGCGCGAAGAAGGCCAACCCCCUUUACGGGAAGCAAUAAAGACCGCAGAAAUGAAGGCAACAGAGGCCCAAAAACUGUUGGAGAUUAAACAACAGGACUUGGGCCAAGCCCAAAACCGGCUGCGCGAGCUCACAAGAGAAAACGCGCAAGUCAGAAAUGGCUUUCACGAAAAAAUGCCUGCAUUGCUCAGGGCUAUUCAGCAAGAACGCUCUAAAUUCGCUACCCCUCCGGUCGGACCUAUCGGGCAUCACGUCACCUUGCUUAAGCCAAAAUGGGCUUCCAUCAUCGAGAGCACACUUGGCAGCAGUCUGGAGAGCUUUGUGGUGAAGAGCCAUGGUGAUCAAAAGAUUCUCAGCGCCAUAAUGAAGCGAGUAGGCUGUCAAUGCCCGAUUUUGGUCGGUUCUAACGAGAAUAUCGACACGACAAACCAUGAGCCGGACAGUCAAUAUCUCACGGUUUUGAGAGCCUUGCAGAUUGACAGCGAUCUAGUUCGGAGCCAUCUGAUUGUCAGACACUCCAUCGAGAGAAUGUUGCUGGUUGAAAAUUUGGAAGAGGCUUCUUCCUUGAUGUUCGACGGUCAAAAACUCAGGAAUGUUGUACGAUGCUACAGCCUUGACUCGAGGGAUCACCGGCGAGGAGUCCAUCUCGCUUAUAACAGAGAGGGUGCUCCCAGUCAAUCACCUGUACAGCCGUACAAAGGUGAUCCCCGGAUGAAGUCAGACUUGGCCUCUCAAACUAGUCACCAGCGUGAGGUCGUCCAACUCCUAGAACGUCAACGACAUACUCUCAAACAAGAACACGAUGCUGCAGUCGCUCAUGUGACAUCAUGCAAGCAAGAUUGGACGGCAUAUCAACGGCAGACUGCAGAAUUAAAGAUUGAGAUGCAGCAACUUGAAGAUCAUGCCGAGUCGCUCAAAGAUGCUCUUGAAACUAACGAAGAUGGGCAGCUCGACGCCUUGAAAACUACUCUACGAACCGCAGAAGUAGAAGUGGAAACGCACGAAGCGUCGUUCGAGGAUGCCAAGAUAGCUCACGCCGCUCUCAUGGAGAACCUCAAGAAUGCGCGACGAGAGCUUAAGGAAAAGGUCGAAAAGCUGACAGCUCAGCAACGCAAUUGCGAUGUUGUCAGGAAGGAGAAGGAGGGUGUUGAGAAAAAGCGCCGCCAAAUCAUCAGCGAAAAGAAUGUUGCUAUCGAUCGUAUUGACGCCAACAAAACACACAGGAACAACAUCCGGGGAGAGUAUGACCAAAAGGUUACUAAAACACUCGUGGAGACCGAGAAGGCCAGUCUAGUCUCAGAAAGAAUCCGACUCGACGAGGGGGAGACUACCAGUAGUCUCGAGGCGAAGAUGGUCAAACUCAAAAAGGAUGAAGAACUGUAUAAUGCUGAACUGGGAGGUUCCAGAGAGCAAAUUGCCAACGAUGCUGCUGCAGCGGAGAACACGUAUCAAGUCGCGAAAGCCCAGGUGGAAGAGUCGACUACGCUGGUCGAGGUAACUCCACCGAUUCCAAUGCCUCGUAUUGGUUCUAACAGCAUGCAGAUACUCAAAAAUACGCUGCAUAAUCGUAAGAAGCGGUGGGAGAUCUUCAGAUCACACAUCUCGUCUCGUGCCAAGGCCCAGUUCACCUACUUGUUGAGUGAGCGAGGCUUCCGGGGUCGGCUACUUGCCAACCAUCAAGAGAAACUGUUGGACCUCCAGGUUGAGCCCGAUAUCACAAAGGAUGAUAGCACGGGCCGUGGAGCCAAAACACUCUCCGGUGGUGAGAAGUCAUUUUCCCAGAUCUGCCUGCUGCUUGCCCUUUGGGAAGCUAUGGGUUCGCCUAUUCGAUGCCUCGAUGAGUUUGACGUUUUCAUGGACCAUAUAAACCGAAAACUUUCCAUUGACAUGCUCAUGAUCGCUGCCCGACGGUCGAUUGGACGUCAAUUCAUCUUGAUUACCCCAGGCACCAAGACUGAUAUCACUCUGGCUCCUGAUGUCAGGGUGAAGGAGUUAGCAGAGCCGGAACGUGGUCAGACAACCUUGGCAUUCCAAAGGUAA